AUGGCUGCUGCUGCUCGGACUCUUCGUAUUGGUCUCAUCCCCGGAGACGGCAUCGGACGGGAGGUCAUCCCGGCUGGUCGUCGUAUUCUCGAGUCUCUCCCCUCGUCCCUGAACCUCAAGUUCAGCUUCGUCGACCUCGAGGCCGGCUAUGACACUUUCCAGCGCACCGGUACCGCUCUGCCUGACAAGACCGUCGACAUUCUGAAGAAGGAGUGUGAUGGUGCUCUCUUCGGUGCUGUCAGCUCCCCAAGCACCAAGGUUGCCGGCUACUCUUCCCCCAUUGUCGCCCUGCGCAAGAAGCUCGACCUGUACGCCAACGUUCGCCCCGUCAAGACCACCGUCGGUAGCAGCAACGGCAAGCCCAUCGACCUUGUUAUCGUUCGUGAGAACACCGAGGACCUCUACGUCAAGGAGGAAACCACCCGUGAGACCCCCGAAGGCAAGGUCGCCGAAGCCAUCAAGCGCAUCUCCGAGCGGGCCUCGUUGCGCAUUUCCACCAUUGCUGGUGAGAUCGCUCUCCGCCGCCAGGCGAUCCGUGCCGGUAACCCGGGCCUCUCCACCCGUACCGAGCCCAUGGUGACCAUCACGCACAAGUCCAACGUCCUGUCCCAGACCGACGGCCUGUUCCGUGAGACCGCGCGCCGCGCCCUCGCUGCCGAGAAGUUCUCCUCCGUUCUCGUCGAGGAGCAGAUCGUCGACUCUAUGGUCUACAAGCUCUUCCGCCAGCCCGAGUACUACGACGUCAUUGUCGCCCCUAACCUGUAUGGUGACAUUUUGUCCGACGGUGCUGCUGCCCUGGUCGGCAGUCUGGGUCUGGUUCCUAGCGCCAACGUCGGUGAUGGUUUCGCUAUCGGUGAGCCUUGCCACGGUUCCGCUCCCGAUAUUGAGGGCAAGGGCAUUGCCAACCCUAUCGCUACUCUGCGCAGUGUUGCUCUGAUGCUCGAGUUCCUCGGUGAGGCCAACGCUGCUGCUAAGAUCUACGCUGCUGUCGAUGGUAACCUGGAUGAGGCUAAGUUCCUGUCCCCUGACAUGGGUGGCAAGGCCACUACCCAGCAGGUCCUCGACGAUGUCCUCAAGAGACUGUAA